AUGAAGUCAAAGACUCGAAAACAACAACAACAAAUGUUAUCAAGCGCUCACAUUCAUUUACUCAAUAGUCUCAAUAAACCGCGGUCAACACGAGCUUCACGUAUUACUUAUUAUCGUUAUACGGAUUCACAGGUCCCACGUCGAAGUCAACUAAUACUUGGACAUGAGACCAGUGGCACUGUGGUAGGCGUUGGCAAAAAGGUGAAAGGUUUCGCGGUUGGCGAUCGUGUUGCUAUAGAGCCAGGUGUGCCGUGCCGAUAUUGCUUCUAUUGCAAGACAGGCAGAUAUAAUCUAUGUCCUGAUGCGAAGUUCUUUGCCACGCCUCCUACUGACGGAUCCUUGACCCGAUACUUGGCGUACGAUGCGGACUUUUGCUACAAGUAA